CGGUGCGCCUGCCGCCGCCUCGUGGGGUAAGGGGGCCCCGAGCGGGGACGGGCGGAGGAGCGCGGGCCUGGGCAGGGCGGCCGCCCAACUUCCCCGGCCAUGAGCAAGAUCCGGAAGCUUUUCCGCGGCAGCGGGCGAGCCUUGGCGCUCAUCUUCGUCGCCUCGGUCGUCUGGCUGCUCUUUGACAUGGCAGCCCUCAAGUUUUCAUUCAGCGAGAGCAACGCCAAGGUGCUGAAGGAGGAGAUGGUCAGGAGGGAGAGGGAGAGGGGCAGGCUUGGGCGCCCCCCAGAAAAGAGCCCCGGCCGGCCCGGAGAGGAGCCCCGACUUUCCCUCAGGGGACUGGGCAGGGGUCACAAAUAUGAGGGCUACAAGGGUGAGGGGGCUGGACGGGACAAGGAGCAGGAAAGGCAGAAAAGAGACCAAGAGAGGAGCGCGACCUCUAAAGCCCCCACGAAGAAAAUGGUGGUGCUGCACAGGAUCAUCCCACUGAAACUGUGGAGCCCCCAACCCUCUGUGCCCAUCGAGAAGACAGUGGGGGGGAAUCUUGAAAAGGAAAUAAACUCCAGCAGCCUCCUCGGAACAAAGCAAGCUCUUCUUGGGGGGUUUCAGCAGAGCCAGUUAGUGGCUUCUGUGGGGCGCCCGCUUGUCAAAGUAACACACAGUGUGGCUACUGUCGGAAACAAAGUCACUCACAGGCUGUUCACUGAGGGGUCCAGGGGAAGAAAGGAGGUUCUAUUCAAAGUUGGAUUGGUGGAUAAAGGAUCUUUGACUGGGUUAAAGCAGGAGUUGCCAACUGGAAGCAAACCUGAGAAAUCUCAGGCCAAGCCCUUGCUACAAAGAACGCCAGCUUCCCCAGUAAAUGAGACAGGGAUGAAAGAAACAAUCAGAAAUGCUCACAGUGUUACAAAGGGCUUGAAUUUCCCUGUCGGCAAGGCUCACAAUUUAACAAAGAGCUUGGAUUUACCUGUCAGCAAGCCGGCCACUUCAGAAGCAGCAGAGAAACCGACGGCAUCGAUCAAUCCAGCAGGUCCAGGGCACCAGCCAAAAGAUGAUGCAAAAAAGGAAGUUCCUUUGGAAGACCAAGUGGUCUUUAUUAGCAAAGAGGGAGCACAGAUUCCUGCAAAUCAGAGCCGCAAAGCAGAUGCUGAAGGAAACUUUACGAACAGUCUGAUAGGAAAGAAUACACCAAAGACUGACAGCAAAAGCAAGAUGCCUCUGAAAGACGGUAACAUCACUAAAGCAGCUGCUUCUAGAGAAACAAUUUUGGUUGGGUACACAGCGCUAGGGAAAGUUCACAAGGUCAAUUUCAUUGAUAAGGACCAAUUACAGGAAAUCAAUCAAAGUGACAGAGUGAUCCCUUUAACAGAGAGGCCUCAAAUGCAUAAAGUGUUAACCAUUGAUAGGACUAUUGCCCCAAGGGACCCCAAAGCACCAGGGCAGUUUGGGCGCCCUGCUGUGGUCCCGAGUGAGAAACAAGAGGAAGCAAAGAAAAGAUGGAAUGAAGGGAACUUCAACGUCUAUCUCAGUGACUUAAUUCCAGUAGACCGAGCCAUUGAUGACACGCGACCUUCUGGAUGUUCAGACCUUCUUGUUCACAAUGACCUCCCCACCACCAGCAUCAUCAUGUGUUUUGUGGAUGAAGUGUGGUCCGCUCUUCUGCGUUCCGUUCACAGUGUCCUCAACCGCUCCCCUCCUCAGUUUAUUAAAGAGAUUAUUUUGGUGGACGACUUCAGCACAAAAGCUUACCUCAAGGAUCAGUUAGACCAAUAUAUGUCAAAGUUUCCCAAAGUUCGUGUCCUUCAUCUCAAAGAAAGGCAUGGUUUAAUACGAGCAAGACUGGCUGGAGCAGAGAUUGCUAAAGGUGAUGUAUUGACAUUCUUAGAUUCUCACGUAGAAUGCAAUGUAGGGUGGCUGGAGCCGCUACUGGACAGAAUCUAUUUAAACAGAAAGAAGGUUGCCUGUCCUGUGAUUGAAGUCAUCAGUGACAAAGACAUGAGCUACAUGACUGUGGAUAGUUUUCAACGUGGCAUUUUUACAUGGCCAAUGAAUUUUGGGUGGAAGCCAAUUCCUCCAGAUGUCAUUGAGAAAAAUAAGAUAAAGGACACUGAUAUAAUUCGGUGUCCUGUAAUGGCAGGCGGGUUAUUUUCCAUUGAUAAGAAAUAUUUCUUUGAACUUGGAACAUAUGAUCCUGGCCUUGAUGUUUGGGGAGGUGAAAACAUGGAGAUUUCAUUCAAGGUUUGGAUGUGUGGAGGUGAAAUCGAAAUCAUCCCGUGUUCCAGAGUAGGCCAUAUCUUCAGGAACGAUAACCCUUACUCCUUCCCCAAGGACCGUAUUACCACCGUGGAACGGAAUUUAGCUCGGGUUGCUGAGGUCUGGAUGGAUGAAUACAAAGAUCUCUUCUAUGGACAUGGGUACCACCUCAUCCUGAAAAAUCUGGAUGUUGGAAACUUGACUCAGCAGAUAGAAUUGAGGAAGCGGCUUCAGUGCAAAAGCUUCAAGUGGUACCUGGAAAAUGUCUACCCUGAUAUAGAAGCACCCCUUGUUAAAGCCAGAGGCCUGAUUGUUAACAUAGCAUUGGCAAAGUGCAUCACUGUGCAUAAAUCCAAUCUGGCCUUGGAAAUGUGUGAUGUUAAUAAUGAGAACCAACAGUUCAACUACACUUGGCUGAGACUGAUCCAGCACGGAGACCUCUGCGUGGCACUGACUGAUGCCAAAGGGACCCUGGGCCUGCACCCUUGUGAUAAAAGAAACAAUAGUCUGAAAUGGCUGCAUAAAUCACUGGUUGCUUUUCAUCCAGAACUCAUGGAUCAUAUUGUUUUAGAACGCCUUCCCCAGGCCACAUGCUUAGAAGUGGAUCAGUCAAAGAAAGCCCUAAGAGUAAACAAUUGUUCCCCCUCCAACCCUUAUCAGAAGUGGCAGUUUGGAAAUUAUUAUGCUGACUGAAGGGAAACGUGAGCAAACCAAACAUGGGAAACCAGUAAAUUCAAGAACAACAGCUGUGAACCUUCUGAUGGAAAAUACAAAACAGGCGGCUCAGUUCCCAGCCACCACUGAAACCCAUCCCUUUCAAAGGAGGAGACGGAGAGAUCAGGGGAGAGAGCUGGCGCAUCAUGGCUCAGUGUAAGCGAGGCAUUUUACCUUAACGGGUCUUUGGCAGGAACAAAUUGUCAGACCAAGGAAGUUUUCCCAAAGUUCUUUCUUCCUAGAUCUACAGCAAUUUGCCUCUUAGAGUGUAAAGCAAACAGAGCUUAACAGCUCUGCAUUUUUUUUUCAAGGAACAUUUUUGGAGCUUUCAGUCUCUUAAGUUCCCCAUCUCUUUUUUUUUCCAGAACUCCAUUAGGACCCUAGGUAAUAUACAUAUCUAAAAUCAACUGUGUAAGUACCUGAAUAUAGGUACUGAUGUCUGUCAGACUGGAUUGAUUGAGGCAGCCAGGUGAACACUUACUUCAAAGCCAUGGCAAAAGUCUGAUUUGCCCAUAAGAAAAAAAGAAACCUCUGAAAACAUCUGACCAGACAAGCACCAACUCCUCCAAGAAACUGCAAAGAAGUCAAAGCAUAUAGACUGCAAGAAUCAGAAAUACUGUCUCUGUUCACCACAACCCUGAAAUUAACCACCUGGAUAUCCUUCUGCUUUUCUGUAUGUAGGCUGGGAAAGUGUGUAUUAGAAUGAGUGAGUCAGGACCACUUCCAGGAUUUGGGGAGUGAGGCAAGCAGACAGUGCCCAGCGCCCACCCUUCUGCCUACUACCAGCUCCCCUUGUGCCUCCCUUCCUGCCACCCACCUGUGUUUAUGUCCUUUCUCCAUGCACAGUCCCUCCUACCACCUGCACCUGGAUAGCACUGGCCAGUGUAUGUAGCUGGAAGUGCUGCUGCUGUAGCCACCAGGAGUGCUACCAUUGUGUACCACCCACAUGCCCUUCCCCAACAAUGCUGAUCAGCUGGAGCACAGGUGGCAGAGUGCUUGCAAACAAAUCAGCAAGGAAGGGCAUGUAUGUAUGCAGGUGGAAAGGAGGUGUAUGGGUGGGGAAAUCAACAAGAGUGGGCCCCACCAGAAGCCCUGCACCAACCCCACCUUAGGGUAGGCUGAUGCCAGCCCUGGAACGAAUGUAUUCAUUGCCGGAUGCAGGCCCUCUCACCUGUCCUUUCCCAUCUCUGAAUAAGCACAAGCCUCCACCUUUAGAAACUAGCAAUAUGUGAAUGGCAGAACUUCUGUAAUGAGAAUGCAAAUGGGCAUAAGAGGAUCUUGCUUAGGCCGGACAAAUCGGCAGGAACCCACGCGUUCAGAAGCAACAACCGUUUCACUGUGCUAAACCACUUUUGGCAUCAAUGAAUCACGCACAUACUUCCCAGUGACCACUUUAGAACUUCCUAUGCCAAGCCAAUAAUAGCUUUUAGGUCCACUGGGAACCAAGCAUGGCCAUGUUUCAGUAGCUGCUUGGCAAUACAGGAAAGCGCACGAGAGUGCUCGGACAGCUGCCUCCCCAUGUGGUUAGUCACACACCACAUACGUAUUAAAACAACUUCUGCUUGUGACACAACUGUGUGGUCACACACUUUACCCUGCAAUGAAUAUUAAAGGCUUACAGCUAUUCCAGAGUAUAAGGAAAAACUGGCAACUGCCCAUCUGGGAUACCUACUGCUGGAUUUUAUUUGCUUGAACUGCUGCUUGGAGGGUCAGAUUUUGGGAAUGUGCAAUUUCAGAAUGGGAAAUGGUUCGUUCCUUAGGACCCUGUCUGUCUCUGGGUAUUAUGAGGUAUGAAAAGUUGUUUAAAAUGUUCUUAAAACAUGACACAGCUUGGUAAUUUAAUACCAAACAGCAGAGCUUUGAAAUUUGUGUUGAAUCUUGCUUCCUUUGUUCCUUUUAACAUUUCCUUUUCUAGUAAGUCUUAAAAAAUAUAUCAUCAUUCUUGGCACAUUUAAACCAAACAUUGCUGUGUGGAGGCUGGAUUGGUACAUUCUCCCUGAGAGAGUUAUCUUGUAUGUGAAAAGUGUUUUUUUUGAAAAAUUUUGAGGCGGCAUUGUUUUUUCCACCCACAUUUUGAAGUGCCACCACCUUGCCAGCGAUUCAUUCUGUGGAGCUGUGUUGACACGGCAUCUAAUGGUUAGUUGAGAAUGGCAAGUUGCAUGAAAUGAGUUUGUCUGUUUUGCAGGAUACAGCCCAUUUGCUGGCUUCCACGGCCUUUUAAACUCAAAGCAGUCCCCACUGAGCCACUUCCGGGAUGAGGAGGUGAUGGACCACAUGACUGCCUUUGGCCGUAGCCACCACUGAAAGUCAGAGGAGCCACUCCAGGGCAAGAGGCUGGAGAAUUAGUAUCCUCUUUCUCAGCCAAGUUUUCUGUCAUCCAUAAUGUUGACAGCCUGUUGCAAGCCUAUUUGGGGUCCAGGAGGGCCUCUGUAUAACACACCACAUACUAACGCUGACAGCGUUCGACGAGAUUGCCUGCCAAAAUAUUGACUUGCCUAGCAGAAUACAUAGUCAGCUUCAUUCCCAACUGCCCCCCCUCAAUUCCCCUCCUCCUGCCCCAUCCUUUAGCAUAGCUGCCCUGCAGUCACUAUCAGAAAAAUUACACAGAUGUUAUCUGCGCACUCCUGUUUUAUCAACAGCAUGUAUGUCAUUACAUUGUGUGUUAACGUGCCCGUCAUUUGUCAUUUAGCAGCCACAGAGCAGCCAUAUGUCACAGUCACAUCGCGUUGCCCGUCAUGCCACUUAGACUCAUUCUUCAUUUGUCUAAAUAAAUUCGUCUUCGAUGUUGGCAUCA